AUGAGCAUUCGUCCAGCUACCCACAGUGGUUCCUGGUACAGUUCUGAUGCGGAGAAACUAUCUUCGCAACUUUUGCAGUUUUUGGGCUCCAAUGCCGUUGUAAGCGGUGCCAGAGUGGUGAUAUCGCCCCACGCAGGCUACACGUACUGUGGUCGCACGAUGGGCAAAGCCUACGGGGCCUUGGACUUGUCUGGAGUGAAACGAAUUUUUAUCUUGGGCCCAUCGCACCAUAUUUACUUCAAAAAUAAGGGACUAGUGAGUGGAUAUCGUGAGUUGUCAACACCAGCUGGACCUCUGGCCGUGGAUACUACCACGGUAAGCACGCUUGUGCGGCAGCACGAGGAGUUUGAGCUGAUGGACUCUGAAGUUGACUGCGAUGAGCAUUCAUUGGAAAUGCAAUAUCCUAUGCUGUAUGCGACGCUGCAGAAGCGUAAAAUUGAUCCCAAGAGUGUGUCUGUGGUACCAAUCAUGGUAUCUCACAACUCUGCUCGUGUGGAUCACCAGGUGGGCAAAAUUUUGAGCGAGUUCCUUAAAGAUUCAAGUAAUGCUUUCAUUGUGAGCUCUGAUUUCUGCCAUUGGGGACGCCGUUUUAACUUCACUGGUUACGUGGGUGGCACCAAGGAGAUUUAUGAGGCUCUGGAGGAAGACACAGAGAUUGAAUCGCUCACGGCUCGGAGUAAGCUAUCGCAUCAUCAGGUUCCCAUUUGGAGGAGCAUUGAAUUCUUGGACAAGUUUGCAAUGUCCAUAUUGACACGAGAGGAACCCCGCGACAAGUAUGAUCUAUGGAAACACUACUUGGAAGUGACAGGCAAUACCAUUUGCGGUGAGAAACCAAUAAGCGUAAUGUUGUCCGCUCUGAGUCAGCAUGAAAGUGCCAGAAUCCAAUUUGAAUGGCCUGACUAUUCGCAGUCAAGUCGAGUAAGUAGCGUGACGGAUUCGAGCGUAAGCUAUGGCGCAGGGUAUUGCAGAAUUUAA